AGAUACGGCCAGAUAUAAGGCCAAGCAUGCCAUUUCUAAUCAUCAUCACACUUUAAUGGCGUGAUUACGUUCAUCUUCUUCAAUCUUCAACUCCAUAUAGCUUCACUUGCACACACGAAUCGCUUCUUCAACACUACAUGCAAAAUGCAGACAAGAACCGUGCAAGUAGGGAAACUUUCAGAUCUAGCCAGCGAGAGAGAAAUCCAUGAGUUUUUCUCGUUUUCUGGCGACAUCGAGCACAUUCAGAUCUGCCGUGAUUCGGAAAGAAAGAGGACUGCAUAUGUCACGUUUAAAGAUCCAAAGGCACUUGAAAUUGCGUUAUUACUGUCGGGAGCGACCAUGGUGGAUCAGGUCGUAAAAAUUUCUCCAGUUGAAAAUUAUGUGCCAAAACCCGAGUCCCUGGAAGUUUGUGCAGUUGAUGAUGCAGUGAGCAAGGCUCCACAAAAUUCGUCAAAUGCUGAGGCGAAUGGUACUUCUCGUAGUGGAAGAGUUUAUACAAGUAAAGCGCAAGAUGUUGUUUCCAGUGUGUUGGCUAAAGGUUCGUCUAUUGGGCAAGAUGCCAUGAAUAAAGCUAAAGCAUUUGAUGAAAAGCAUCAGCUAAGAGCCAAUGCAUCUGCCAAAGUGAUUUCCUUAGAUAAGAGAGUAGGACUUACAGAGAAAUUCAGUGUUGGAAUCUCGGUGGUAAAUGAAAAAGUUAAGUCUGUUGAUCAAAAACUUCAAGUUUCUGACAAGACAAUGGCAGCAUUAAUGGCAGCCGAGAGGAAAUUAAACGAUACAGGAUCAGCUGUCAAAUCAAGCAGGUAUGUGACAGCCGGUGCAGCUUGGCUAAACGGAGCUUUUGGUAAAGUGGCGAAGGCUGGGCAAGUUGCAGGAACAAAAACUAGACACAAGUGGAACUUGGCAGUGUCAAAUUUAACUACAAAGAUCAUGCAGGAUUCUGGCAUUACAGCGUAAUUCUCGGGGAUGGAUUUUAUAGAUCGAGAUCCGAUGAUCAGAUGGUGAACCUGGUUCUUCUGUUUGUUUUAUGGUCAGUUUUGUAAUUCAUUUAUUGGUUUAUUACCAGUGUAUUUAUUCUCAUGUUCAUGUUCAAAGUGUGCAAAAACAUUCAAUGUUGUUUUCUGAUCAGAAUUAUUUACCUGCAAGCUCUGUAAAUCCAUAACAAUGUACAACUAUUUGUGCAUAGAAUGCAAAUCAUUUUUCUAUGUUUGA